AGCAGGAGAUGUGGCUGGAUCAAGUCUGGGCGAAAACAAAAGACGGUCAAUACCUAGGAGAAGUUCAGCCCUCUCUUCUCCUUCUCUCUAUUUCACUCCUUUUUGUUGAUGUAUGUCUUUUGUGUCAAACCGUCAGUAUGACCGCCGAAAACAAGUCUCCCAAACUAUCCGUUCUCGAGAGAGAUGCCGGUGGCACUUCAGACGAGUCUGAGGUAUCGGCGACAGCAAGCAAUACUGAAAGUACAUCUGUGCGCAAUACGGAGAAGGACAAUGAGGCCGAUGUUGAGAAGAAUGCGAAUCCGAGCCAAGUUACCUCUACAACCCCAACACCAGCUCCUGACGUGCAGGUGAAAUUAAGUCGGAAGCAGCUCGUUGUUAUGUGCAUAGCUCUGGCUCUGACAAUUUUCCUCAUCUCUAUUGAUGAGACUGUGAUUGUCACUGCGAUCCCACGAAUUACCGAUGAAUUUGACAGUAUUCAGGACGUAGGAUGGUAUGGAUCCGCCUAUCUGUUGACGAUGUGCUGCUUCCAGCUUCAUUACGGCAAGUUCUACAAAGACUACCCAACUAAAUGGGUAUUCCUAAUAUCCAUUGGUAUUUUUGAACUGGGAUCGCUGCUGUGUGGAGUGAGUCCCAAUUCUGCUGUAUUGAUCUUUGGUCGUGCCAUUGCCGGAGGAGGUGCCUGUGGUAUAAUCAGUGGUGUUCUCAUCCUUAUUGCAAAGAAUGUUCCAUUGACAGAGCGACCGUUGUAUACGGCCGGAGUGAGCUCUGUCCGUAUUAUUGCGGGAGUUGGUGGCCCAUUGUUUGGUGGUGGGUUAACCGAUAGCAUUGGGUGGCGUUGGUGCUUCUACAUUAAUCUGCCGUUUGGCGCUGCUGUGGCUGUCAUUUUUUUCUUCCUAUAUCGCCCAUUACCCGAGAAGCACGACAAGGUGUCUCCCAUGGAGCGAUUGAAGCGACUAGAUCCUGUUGGUUUAAUCUUGUUCAUUGGAUCUAUGGUCUGCCUAAUUUUAGGUCUUCAAUUUGGAGGUGUCUCGAGUACUUGGAACGAACCACGAAUCAUUGUUCUCUUCACAUUUUUCGGUGUUUUAUUCCUAGCAUUUGCCGGAUACGAGACCUGGAUGGGGGAGAGUGCGACGCUACCGCCUCGUAUCGCGAAGAAUCGUACUGUUAUGGCAGCAUCUCUAUUUGUUCUAUGCAUUGAUGCACCAUACUACGCCAUUGCCUAUUAUCUACCUAUAUACUUCCAAGUCGUGCUCGGCGUUUCAGCUUUACAGUCCGGUAUUCGAUCUAUUCCUCAACUCGUGGGAGCACUCUUUUUCUCCUUGUGCUCGGGUAUCUAUAUCCGCAAAUACAAAUUCUUCGCUCCUGUAGUCAUCGCUUCAACUAUUAUCACUUCAAUUGCAUGUGGUCUGCUGUCCCUACUAUCCCCAACUUCUGACGCUGGGCAGUGGAUCGGUUUCCAGUUGAUGGUGGGGAUUGGUAUAGGGUUAGGCAUGCAACAAGCGGCGGUGAUAGUCCAGCAGACGCUACCACCGGAAGAUAUACCCCUAGGCAUUGCCUCGGUUACAUUCUUCCAGGCAUCCGGUCCAGCAAUUAUGGUCUCUGUUGCCCAAAACGUGUUCAACAGACGACUUUUGACUCGACUAAGUAACGAAAUUCCCGGCUUGAGCUUGUCGGAAAUCGUCAACACGGGAGCUACUCAUUUGGUUGGUCUGGUGGGAGAUAGUAUGCGAGGGGAAGUGGUUAAUGCGGUCAAUUACGCACUAAAAUGGGUUUGGUACAGCUGUACAAUUUUGGCCGUAUUAUCAGUGUUUGGAAUUGCAGGCAUGGACUGGCGCAAGCUGAACCAGUUGCGGGGGAAGAAUUGACCAUAUUGGGGCAAAAUAACGUGAUGUUUGGCCAUACAGAAUUAAUAUACACGACUUGGCCGUUUCGCUUUGGC